GAGAGGGCGCUCAGACAGAGAGACUCACAACAGUGAGGCGGAGCUGGGAAUGGAUCAGCUCCUGAAGCCUUAACUCCGAACCUCCACACACUCGCCUACAAGAGCAGGAAAUCCCGCGGCAGAUAAAGCCCAGGCGGAGCGUCGCCGGCGUCCUGAGGUCAACCACCUAUAUGAGGAGGACAGAGAGGUUUGUGACGGAUUAGUCCGGACUCGAUAUCAGGACGGGCAGCAGAGGAGCACAAAGCCGGUGGAGUGUCUCUGGAGCGGCGGAGAUCAGCCCAGCCCCCCACAUACAUACAUACAUACAUACACUCACACACACAGAACCGGCCUGCUGCUCCUAGCCUGUUGCUACUGUGUAUGGGAUAUCUCAUAUCGCAAAUCCCUCGUAUCUCAGCGACACACACGUCUGUAAGUAGUUCCGAGUUGUUUUGUCUUUGUUUGGAGGCUGGCUGGUGUGUUUUGUAGCGGUUGGCGGACUAUAGCGCUCUGCAGCUGGCUAAUCAGUUAGCUGUAGCAUAGCGUUGUGUGUAACGUUACAGCAGCCUCACGAGCACGAUGUAACUUAGUUUGAUUAUUAGACCUCCUUUUAUUAUUACAAGACAAAACAUGUUUUAUAAAAGGGCGCGUGACAUGAACCAACGAGUUUGGCGUAUUUGAACACCUCUGUAUGUUAACGCGGGGUCACUUAUUCCGUGCGACAUAAUCUCGUUUAAUUCAGCGAGGGGCUGUUUAUGCUGCAAAACUGAAUACAGCACAUAAAAUGUGUGUUUUGUUGACUUCAUUCGGCUUAUGUUGAACCAAACUGUGAAUGUGCUGAGUAACUCGGCUUGUGUAUGAUCCUCUGGAUGUCCUCUGCCAUCACUGGAGUUAGUGGACAUUUGCAGGAGAACCGUUCGCGCAGGGGCUUUUAUUUGACUGGUUUUGGUGGAUAAAGUCCAGGGAGUUGCGAGGCGGCAGUACCAGUCUGUAUCCCAUCGUUUGGCUGCUUGAGUGAGUCCCCGAUGCAGAGGGGCUGAGUGCUCCGGGACAUGCUGAAGUGUAUCCCGCUGUGGCGGUGUAACCGUCACGUUGAGUCCGUGGAUAAGCGGCACUGCUCGCUCACUGCGGUGCCCGAUGAGAUCUACCGCUACAACCGCAGUCUGGAGGAGCUGCUCCUGGACGCCAACCAGCUGAGAGAGCUGCCCAAGCCUUUCUUCAGAUUGCACAAUCUGCGAAAGCUGGGCCUCAGCGACAAUGAGAUUCAAAAAUUGCCACCCGACGUUGCCAACUUCACACAGCUGGUGGAGCUAGACAUCUCUAGAAAUGAUAUUUCUGAGAUUCCCGAAAACAUUAAAUUCUGUCAGGCCUUGGAGAUUGCAGACUUCAGCGGAAACCCCUUGUCCAGGUUGCCUGAUGGCUUCACACAGCUCAGAGGACUGGCUCACCUAUCACUCAAUGACGUGUCGUUGCAGUCUCUACCCAAUGACAUUGGAAACUUGUCAAACCUGGUGACUCUAGAGCUGAGGGAGAAUCUACUGAAAUCUUUACCUUCCUCUCUUUCCUUCCUGGUUAAACUGGAACAGCUGGAUCUGGGCAGCAAUGUACUGGAAGUUUUGCCUGACACACUUGGGGCAUUGCCCAAUCUUCGUGAGCUUUGGUUAGACAGAAACCAGCUCUCCUCACUACCUCCGGAGCUGGGGAACCUGCGGCAGCUGGUUUGCUUGGACGUGUCAGAGAACCGUCUAUCAGAGCUUCCCACAGAGAUCAGUGGCCUUAUCGCCCUCACAGACCUGCUGCUCUCUGAGAACCUCCUGGAAGUCUUGCCGGACAGCAUUGGCUCACUUAAGAAGUUGUCCAUUCUGAAAGUGAACCAGAACCGCUUGGUGCAUCUCACAGACUCUAUUGGCGAGUGUGAGAACCUGACAGAGCUUAUGUUGACUGAGAACCUUCUCCAGUCCCUCCCUCGCUCACUUGGGAAGCUGAAGAAGUUGACUAACUUGAAUGUGGACCGAAACCGCUUGAGCAGCGUGCCAGCAGAACUGGGAGGAUGUGUCAGCCUGAACGUGCUCUCCCUCAGAGAUAACCGUUUGGAAAAACUACCCGCUGAGCUGGCCAAUGCAACAGAAUUACAUGUGCUGGACGUGGCAGGCAACAGGUUGCAGAAUUUACCGUUCGCAUUGGCCAAUCUGAACCUGAAGGCCAUGUGGCUGGCAGAGAACCAGUCUCAGCCCAUGCUGAAGUUCCAGACAGAGGACGACGAACGGACUGGGGAAAAAGUUCUCACCUGCUACCUGCUGCCUCAGCAACCCUCAUCGAGCCUUGAGAAUCUACUGGACAGGAGCGUUGAUGAAACCUGGCCCACAGACACUAAUUUGAACAGGGUAUCGGUCAUUCAGUUCCAGGAUGACUCCAAACACGAAGAGGAAGAUGAGGAGACUGCUGCAGAGAAGAGGCAGGGUCUUCAGAGGAGAGCCACACCACAUCCCAGUGAGUUGAAGGUAAUGAAGAAUGUCAUUGAAGCCAGAAGAAAUGAGGCUUAUACAGCCAAGCCAGAUGAGGAUCUGGAGUCCCCGGACUCUGAGCAGAAACGGUUGAGUGGGCUGUCCAAUCAAAGUCAUGAUUCUCAGGCAUCCAGUAGCACCGCCUCUGCCACUUCUCAGGAUGAGAAGCGGGGUGUAAACAGUACAGGGGUGGAGAUUAAUGAUGGUCAGGGUCAAGAAGAGGAGGAGCUGGAUGAGAUGGAGGUGGAGUAUACUGAGCCUACUGUGCACUUUGCUGAAGAGCCCAUCAUCCGUGGCGAUGAUGAGGAGGAAGAAGAUGAAAAUGAAGAUGAUGAUGAAGACGCUGAAAGGAGCGAUGAGGACUCUCGAACGCCGCCUUUUCCUGCAGAGAAACAGCGGCUCAUACGUAAAGACACACCACACUACAAAAAGCACUUCAAGAUCACCAAGCUGCCCAAACCAGAGACUGUCGCCGCCCUGCUGCAAGGCUUCAGUCAUGACGGCCUCUCACCUACUGCUCACACCCCUGAGGACGAGAGGGAUGGUGAGGAGGAGGAAGACGAGGAGGACGAGGGAGGAGUAAUAGUCAAUACCCCUUUUCAACAAAGACUAGAAGCAGCUGAGCUAGAAGACAGUAGGCUGAGUCAGAUGAACUCGUCCCUGCAGCCAGUGAAGGGGGUGUCAUUUGAUCAAGUCAAUAAUCUGCUGAUUGAGCCUGCUCGAAUUGAGGAGGAAGAGCUGACCCUGACUAUCCUGAGGCAGACCGGUGGGUUAGGCAUCAGCAUUGCAGGGGGGAAAGGAUCUACGCCCUAUAAGGGCGAUGAUGAGGGUAUUUUCAUCUCUAGAGUGUCAGAAGAGGGCCCUGCAGCUCGUGCUGGGGUCAAAGUGGGAGACAAACUUCUUGAGGUGAACGGAGUAGACCUGCACGGAGCGGAACAUCACACAGCUGUCGAGGCCCUGCGCAAUUCAGGGACGGCCGUGGUUAUGACCGCUCUGCGAGAACGCAUGGUUGAACCAGAGAACGCCAUCACCACCACUCCACUGAGACCAGAAGAUGAUUAUUUCCCCCGGGAGAGACGGUCCAGUGGGCUGCCUUUCCUCCUGGACCCUGCCUCUCCGGCUGUCAGCGGUGGACCAACACUGCGACUAGCCACUUCUCUGGUCCGCAACGAUAAAGGUUUAGGGUUCAGCAUUGCUGGAGGGAAAGGGUCAACCCCGUACCGAGUAGGAGACACGGGAAUCUUCAUCUCUCGUAUUGCUGAAGGAGGAGCUGCUCACAGAGACAAUAUCCUGCACGUGGGAGACAGGGUCAUAUCAAUCAAUGGUGUAGACAUGACAGAGGCCAGACAUGACCAGGCAGUAGCGCUGCUUACCGGCACCUCCCCCACCAUCACCCUCCUGGUCGAACGGGACCAGGCCAGUGCAGGGGGCGCCUCCCCUCGAACUCGACCUCAUUCGCCCCCUCCUCCAGAGCCAUCUGACUCACCUGAGCAAGAGGAAGGAGAUGAGCACCUUGGAAACCAUCUCAACUGCCCCAUGGAGGAUGAAUACCCCAUUGAGGAAGUGACGCUGAUCAAAGCAGGUGGUCCCCUGGGUCUGAGCAUUGUAGGGGGUAGUGAUCAUGCCAGCCACCCGUUUGGAAUUAAUGAGCCAGGAGUGUUCAUCUCAAAGGUCAUCCCCAAUGGCUUGGCCUCUCAGAGUGGACUUCGCGUGGGCGAUCGUAUCUUGGAGGUGAACACCAUCGACCUACGACAUGCCACACAUCAGGAAGCUGUCAGAGCCCUGCUCUCCAACAAGCAGGAGAUCCGCAUGCUUGUGCGCAGAGAUCCCUCGCCCCCUGGCAUGCAGGAGAUUGUCAUUCACAAGCAGCCUGGAGAAAAGCUGGGCAUCAGCAUCAGGGGUGGAGCUAAAGGCCAUGCAGGCAACCCCUUUGACCCCACAGAUGAGGGCAUCUUCAUUUCCAAGGUGAGCUCCAGCGGAGCUGCUGCACGAGAUGGCCGACUGCGACUAGGCAUGCGUAUUCUUGAGGUGGGCAACAACAGUCUUCUGGGUAUGACACACACGGAAGCAGUGAGGGUCUUGCGUGCUUCCGGUGACUCCCUAGUCAUGCUUGUGUGUGAUGGCUUUGACCCACGAAACGCUGCAGGCAUCGAGGCAUCGCCUGGUGUUAUUGCAAACCCGUUUGCGGCAGGUAUUGUUCGUAAGAACAGUAUGGAGAGCAUCUCAUCAGUAGACAGAGACCUGAGUCCGGAAGAGAUUGACAUCAUGCAGAAGGAGGUAGAGAUGGUGAGAGAGACGUCCCAGUGGGAACGGGAGGAGAUGGAAAAAGUGGAGCGUAUGCGCUUGGAGCGCGAGGAGGCAACUCGUUUGCUGGAGGAGGAAACUGAGAAUUUGAGCACUGGACCACUGAAACUGGACUACAAGACACUGGCGGCUCUACCUACCACUAGCCUACAGAAAGUUAAUAGAUCUUCACCGUCUGAGCCUCACGGGAUUGACAGUCCUGUCCGAGAUGCUGCACACUCUCCACAGAACUCACAGUCAAACAUUCAUUUCCCUUCAAAUGCAAACACCAAGGAUAAUUCAUCAACUAAACCUGGUGCCAUCCAGCCUCUCCCUCGGGUGCGACCCGCUGUGUCUCCAGCCAGUCAGGAUGGCCACACCAGUCCCAACCCUUUCCAGCAUGGCCUCUCUCCCAUCAACUCUCAGACCACUCCUAGUGCCCCAUCCCCUGACACACAUGAGGAAUACCCCAUCAAUAUCAAGCAGGUAUAUAAGGCCUUCGCAGCUGUGCCACACUCCCUGGCUGUACUGGAACCCCCACAGGUAGGACAAAUGCUCAUCAAGGUUGUGAGCAUGUCGUGGUUCCCCCGUCAUCCAGUGCUUGGUCUUCCCGUUGGACAUUUUGUUCCUUUGGGAGCUUGUUUGCUGUCGUGGUAUAAGAAAAAACCUGAGCUGAAUAAUGAGGUGUUUAUGGAUGAGACUGAUGGUGAGGGCAGUGGUCCUCUCAGGCCUCGUCCCUCCCUCUCAUCUGACUGCCGCGAGUACAGGAGCCUGGCAGCCAUGCCACACCUGCCUCGCCCCUCAGUGGAGUCGAAGACCCCCUCCUCUGUUGGCAGAGACAGCCCAGAGCAGCGCUCCUUCAGAGACAGGCAGAAAUAUUUUGAGAUUGAUGUGAAGCAGCAGACACCAGACAAACCCAAACCUCGCAUCUCACUUGUGGGAGAAGAUGACUUGAAGAAAAUGAAAGAGGAAGAAGCAAAACGAAUUGAACAGAGGGCACGAGAGUAUAUGCUGGAUGAAGAUGAGGAGGAUGAGGAGGAAGAUCUGGCGAAGCAGGUGGCAGAUAUGAAGGUUCACGGAAAGGUUAUCCUAGAUGGUGUGGAGUACAAGGUGGAGAGCUUGGGAGGCCACAGUUCCCCAUCUCCGAGGCAGUGUGCCACACCUCCCAGCCACUGUGGCGGCUCAGGUAAAGGAGACUCUCAGCGGAAUUCAAUGGAAGACAGCUUCAGACUGGAACAGAGACCCAACUCCAUGAUGGGUUUGAUCCCAGUUUAUCCCGGUGAAUCUGUGGCUCCCAUUCGGACGGCCAAAGCAGAGCGUAGACAUCAAGACCGAUUACGCAUGCAGAGCCCGGAGCUUGCUGUCGCCAUGGACAAGGAGCUAUCCCCUGCUGAAAAACGAGCCCUGGAAGCAGAGAAGAGAGCCAUGUGGAGAGCAGCCAGGAUGAAGUCUCUAGAGCAGGAUGCGUUGAAGGCCCAGAUGGUCAUUGCCAAGUCUAAAGAGGGGAAGAAGCGUGGCACGUUGGAUCAGCUGUCAGAGUCGCCGUCCCCUGCGCCCACACCCUCUCCAACACCAAUAGAAGAUAUCAGUCCACGGGCAGUGACUUCACCAGGCAGACUGUCCCUGUCAGAAAAGAAGUUUGACUACCGACAAUUUGCUGCCAUUCCUUCUUCCAAACCCGUUUACGACAUUCAGUCUCCUGGUGCAGGUGAUGACGUGCACUUCAUGGAUGAUGCCUCCAGUAACCCAGUGUUUGUUGUAGAUCCAGAAGUUCCUGUGGCCACCACAUCUGCUCUAGAGGAGAUGGCUCUCUACAGUAACAAGCGCAAACUACGACAGGGCCGCCACAGCCUGGAGGCUCCAGUGCCCACAUAACCGUACACUCACACUAAUGCAUCUGAACUGUGAAGAUAAAACACAUAUAGUGAUCAUCUAAUGCUAGGAGAUGCCACACGUGGCUUAGAAUGCUCUGAAAUACACAUUGUACACAGAUAUUAAACCACUCUUAUUUCAGUGCCGACAACACAGGUUAGGAGGUGAGUCUCCCAAACGCUAGUUUUGCCUUUUCAGUUGAAAAGGGUUGCUCAGAUUUUACUAUGAGAAGUCCAGAUGAUGGCUGAUUGAUUGACCCAUUUUACCCAGUUUUCUGUCUGUCGGAAGAGUUAUUUUAAGAGAUGCUGUGGGUUUCUUUCUUAACACUUUGGAAACCUCCUCUAGAAAUGAAAAUGUGGAAAGGCAGAAAAGGAGCCAUUUAAAUGUAACCGUGUUCUUUUUUGGGGAGAUUCAGUUUGCAGACAACAUACUGCUACCUUCACUGCCCCAUGUAAGCCAGAUUUUCACUUUUGUUGCUUUAAUUCACAAUCAGAAAAAAGUUUUUAUUCCUUUAAAUGUAAUUUAUUAAUGUAAUAUACUGUUUUUAAUCUGUGGGAUUACAAUACAAUAGAGGAACAAAUUGAGGCUUUUUGACACAUGUAUAAGGUGAUUACUUGUGAAUUUGUGACGAUUUUUGGUUUUGGGAUAAAUUUUCUUGCACGCAACAUUUUAAAAUUGAAAAUGAGGCCUUGGCGUAAAGCUUUAUUUCCAUUUUAUAUCCAUAUCAGUUUCAAAACAAUCUCUUUUUUUAAGGUGAUGCAAAUGAAUAAUAUUUGUGAAAGGUUGCAUCUGACCUUAUUUAAAGAUCUGUUAUAAACAUUUUGGUAAUAUGUAUGGUCAUGCCAUAUCAUAAAGUCUGACCUACUGUAUUGAGUAGCGUCAUUCUAAACCUUUUAAUUGAUUUCUAGUCUUCCUUUAUUGGACUAGGAGAGUAAAAUGAAGUGGAUAAUGGUUUCAGACGAUUUGUGUUCCUUUGGUGAUCCUCUUCCUCAAGGACACUAAAACAUCCUCCAUUUUUAUUUCUGCUUCUUGUUCUGGGCCAUGUAUGCAUUGAAUCAUUCCCUUUGCUACACUGAGUGACCAGAGUGGAGAAUUCACUCUUUAACAGCCCAUCAUUCGCCAGACCUCACUUUACCUCUCCAUAGACAUGUGGUACCAUUUUGGGAGUGGGAGGAGGAAAUCGAAACAUCUGAAAACAUUUGAUCUCUAUUGACAUCUACGAAUCUUGCUCAUAUCUUUUCCUUCUCUUAUUCUGACGUGUGUGAAGGUAGUAGAUGUUUUAUAAUCUACACUUUAAAUAGUUGAACUUCUAAAGCCACUGAAAAGCUCAUUGUGUGAAUAAUGUAUAAAUGCUAAAAAAGAAGCAAAAAUCAGAGUUGAAUCUGAGCCUUUCUGCCCCAAGACCACAAACUAAAGUCUGGAGGGUAUAGAUGAUUCUACCAGGGUCUUGACUGACUGAUCCCUGUGUUUGUAUAUUGGCUUAUUGCAAUUUUGCAAUUUUACUGUCAAUCCUGUGUGAGGACUAAUAUGAUAGACUUUUAUUAUUCCUUCAAAUAAACAGUUUUAUUUCACUGUUCUCAAAUCAGUUGUUCACCACCCUAGCUGCCAUCAACACUGUGUCCCGAUGAACCUGUCAAACAUAUGAACUUUUUUUUUUAAUUUACUAAUCUUAGCUUUUGUGUUGCUCUCAUCGACUGAAAUUCAGUUUUGGUUAAUAACAGUUUGGGAUUGCUCAUCAUUGUAUUUUUAAAAAAUUGUAGUUUGAGAAAAAAGAAGUUGGUUUUCUGUAACCACUGGGAUAAUGGGAUUCACUACAUUUUUACUUUUUCAAAGCAAAAGAGUUUGAUCUCUCAUAUUGUUUUCUUGUCUUGGUUUCUUGUUGGGGAGGAUUUUUUUUUGUUUUGUUUUGUUUUUUGCUAAAGGGGAGGGUGGGACUAAAGGUCUGGGGAUAGAGCUCAUUCAGGACUGUAACUAGUGAAUUUGUACAACCAAAGAAGUCUAUUUUGUGGUUCAGGAAUAAUAAAGUUUACUUUUCAUUUAA